AUGACUUCAUUUGAGAUGCAAGAAUAAUACUCUUUAUAGGACUCACUAUUGUCCGAUGUAUCUUCAAUGUCAAUCGAGUAAAGAUCAAGAAGCCGCACUUUAAAUAAAACAGUGAAGUGGAAACUUGAAUAAUUUCAUGAAAAGAAUGUGAUGCAAGAAGAAUAAGAAAAGAUUUAGCGAGUCCUUAAAAUCUAUGACGAUAAUCUCAAUGAUGAACAUGGGCAAAGUGAUAGCAAUUUUUUCGAAGAAUACUUAUCUUGGCUUCCUGUCAUUCUGCCAAAACGAGUUUGGCCUUGGAAGAUAUUUGUAGCCAUUACUACACUCUUCGUCUUUUUCGAAGUGCCAAUCUAUGUAAUGUAUGGCGAGGAAUUUUGGAAGGAACUCAUAAAUCCAGCUGGACGAUAUACUUUAUUUUAUGGAAUCUUUAUAAUACUUUUAACAGACAUGCUCCUUGAUUUUGUAACUUCAUACUAUAAACAUGGAAAUCUUGUAUUGGAUAAAAGAAAGAUAGCCAUGCACUAUUUUUAUGGUUAUUUUGUUUUUGAUUGCGUUGCUUUAUUCUCCUGUGUUGUUAGAUUAGCAGUUGAUACUAAUCAUCUUAGAUUCAUCUUCUUUAUGUUCUAUUUCAAAUUGCCUUCUCUACUUAGAAUUGAUCAUCAAAUUGCAGAAUUGAUAUUACUCCAUAAAAGAUUAAGAACAUUCUAUCAAAUCACAAAAAUGCUUAUAUUUAUGUUCUUCUGUUUCAACUUUUAUUGUUGCAUUUGGUAUGUGUUAGGCAUCUACGGUGACAACAUACAUAUUAACACAUGGCUCAAUGUACCAGGUAAUUUUGGAGUGAUCAAAGACAAAUCAAUUCAUGAAAUAUACUUUUAUUCAUUCUAUUUCAGCUUGAAUGUGCUCUCUACCACCAUGGGUUUUGGUGAUAUCUCUCCUAUGAAUAUCUACGAAUGUUCGUUUGCUCUCUUUGGAGUCAUGUUUGCUGUCGUUGUCUUUGCUUUGAAUAUCAAUAACUUUUAAAAGAUGAUGGAAGAAUACAACUCGUAUUACAUGCAACGGUUCAAAUAAAAGGUGUCUAUCAAUAAAUUUAUGGAAUAAAAAAAUGUGCCUUCUGAAUUAAGGGAACGUAUAAGAUAAUACAUCAAUGAACAUUGGGCUGAAGAAGGAAGCAGAGACUAGGAAAGUGAACAAUAAGUAUUUGAGAUUCUAGCACCUGAAUUAAAAUAGGAAUUGAUGUAUCAAUCUUUAGGAUAGUUUCUCUAAAGAACUAUGUUUGCUAAUCAUUUCACAAAGCCUUUUCUCAAAGAAUUAGCAUAGAAGAUUAGAGAACAAUCUUUUUCAUAAGGAGAUGAGAUUAUUGGUGUAGGAUCUACAGAACAAACUGACGAUUUAAGCAUUUUUUACAUUGUGGGAGGUUCAGUUAUUGUAAAACCAGGAAAUAGUGAAAUCAUUAAAAAGAAAUUAGGAUUGUAUAGCUAUUUUGGAGAGUGGUCAUUCUUUACAGGUUUUCCAAGAACUGGUACCGUAAAUGCUAAAGAAUAUACAUAGGUUUAUGCAAUCACUAGAGCUGACUUUUUAGAAACACUAAGGAAAUUCCCGGAAGAUUUUGAGAUGUAUUGUCAAAUAAGGGAUAAGUUACUAUUCACCAAAGAAUACAACCUAGUAGAAUAGCAAUGUUACACUUGUGGCAGUUCUGAACAUUAUGCUGAUUAAUGUCCAAAGACUCAUUACAUACCAUUGGUUUAAGAAUUAAUUGAAGAAUCUACAGUGUUGGACCUUAAAUAGGAUAGAGUGAAAAUUUAGAGAUUUGAUAGGAAGCAAUGGGCUACCAGAGCUAAUGCAACAACUUUGAUCAAGGGGUUAAGCAAUAACAAAUUGAAAAAGAAGGCUAAUCUAAUGCUCAAAACACAGAGAGCUCUAAAGAAAAAUACAAUUAAAAUAGAUAGACCCUUGAUUCCUCAAUGGCAAGUCAAAGAAUUUAAGAGUUUAGAUGAAGAAUAGGCAGCAAAUCCAAUGGUGGAUGAAAUGACAGAGAGUUAGAAUCUGAAUAUUCAAUCGAAUGAUAAUGAGAUACCUUAAAGAUAAUAGUAGAGUUCAUAAUUGAAAAACUUUGCAAUUCAAGCCUUGACUCAAUCUGGUAUGUAACAAUCAGCUCUAUUGAGUUCAAGAGUCAUGGAAAAUCCUAAUCAAUCUUAAUCAUAAAAACGUGAGAAUGUGAUGGCUGAGUAUCAAAAGAUAGUGUAACCAACAAUCAAGACUGGAGUGGAAUAAUUUGAUGCACCUGCUAAUUACAAGAAUUAUUACAGAAAAUACAAUAGCAAUAAUUAUUAGGAAUUCAAAAAUGUUCAGAUAAUUUAAAAGGAUAAAAUAUAGAAUAUGAGACAGUCGAUAAUGUUAAAAUGA